CACUGCUAAUCUUGCUGUUACGCAGUUUCAGAGACACAAAACUUAACUCUGUCUCUGUCAGAGAAACACAGCUAAACUUCGUCUCUGUCAGGGUGAGCAGUGAAAUGGGUGAGCACAAUAUCUCGGUGGAUCAGGACCAGUUCAGCUGUUCGAUCUGUUUGGAUAUACUGAAGGAUCCGGUGACUAUUCACUUGGAAGAAGUCUCUGUUCUAGAGCCCCUGACCAGAAAGCACUUCUUACAAUAUGGCUGUCAGCUCACACUGGACCCCAACACAGCGUUCAGAAACCUCUGUCUGUCUGAGGGGAACAGAGAGGUGACCCGUGUGGAAGAGAUCCAGUCAUAUCCUGAUCAUCCAGAGAGAUUUGAGCGCUGGGCCCAAGUGUUGUGCAGAGAGGAUGGCUGUCAGCUCACACUGGACCCGAACACAGCGCACAGAUACCUCUGUCUGUCUGAGGGGAACAGAGAGGUGACCAGGGUGGGAGAGAUCCGGUCAUAUCCUGAUCAUCCAGAGAGAUUUGAGCCCUACCUCCAAGUGUUGUGCAGAGAGGAGCUUUCAGAUGGAGAUGGAAACUUGGUGGAGCUGGAGGAGAAGGUGCCCAUUCAGUCCUCACCACAAGAUGGUGCCAUAAAGCCUGGUAUUCAAGGUCCUUACAAUCGAGGCAGGAAAUAUAAAGUAAAUGAUCAGACUAGAGGAGCUGAAAGGCUUUUGUCGUCACAAAAAAAUUACCUCAAGUCUGAUCAUUUACUAUCAAACCAGUGAGCAUCCAGCGCUACAGCAAGCCUGGACUUUAACACCCUGAGAGCCUCUGUCUCUAACCUGGCCUAAUUUCCAUCUGUAGAUGGCUCUAGACUAGUCUUGUUACAGCAGACCUUGUUGCCUGGCUACAGGCUUAGUGUUAGUGUUUAUGUGGCACUGCUCAGUGCACUUUACAGUGAAUGCACUUCACUUUCUAAGAGUCUGUGGAUGAGAGCUUCUGCUGAAUGAGCGCAGUGUACUUUUGUGUUUACAUGCUGAUGUGCUCCAAAUACACAGAGCUGACAGAACCUGCCACUAACAUCACAAUACAACUGAACACAUUUAUUCUUCAUUCAUAUACUAAGUAUAUUCAGAUGAGGGGCACAAUGUAACAACAACAUCUACCUGUAAAAAUACGUUGAUGCUGUUGUAUUCAUCUUUGAAGAAAGACAGAUGAAAAGUUGAAUAUGGGUAAAAUGUCUGUUGAAAGAGCUGUGUUUGUGACCCAGAGGUUACAGGUUUUAAUCCCAGAGGGCCGUUGCCAUGGCAGCCUGACGCUGCUCCACCUGAACUGCCUCAGUGUUCCACUGCAACUGCUGCUUUUCUGGGAUUUACUAAAUGAUCAGCGGGAACUGCUACUGUUUUUCAUCAUCUGCAACUUCCUCUGUGACCUGAUUCACUGUCU